UUAAUGCAUUCAACAUUCUCUUAUUGUGUAUCCCUAUCAUGCCUCAGAGUAUAUAAGACAGUCUUUUGAAAUAGCUUGGACACUCUACACAAGUCAUAAAAUAGAGACGCACUCAAAUUCGUGAAAAUUAUGAAUGCGAAAGAAUAUGCUUCUUGUGACGAUUUGCAAAAACUGAGGGUAUUAAAUAUAAUCGACGAAUUUGAGGAAGAUAUAGCACAAAUGUCUGGUAAAUGUAUGGAUAUUGGUUGUGGACCCGGAGAUAUAACAAAAAAUAUCCUUUUACCAGCUUUAAAUCCAAAUGCAGAAAUAACAGGUACCGAUAUUUCGGAAAAUAUGAUCGAAUUUGCAAAGAAAACAUAUCCUAAUGAGAAGCAGCUCAAAUUCGAAGUGUUAGAUAUCCAAACUAAAAAUUUGCCUGAAAAAUAUAUUUCUAAAUUUGAUCAUAUAUUUUCAUUUCAAACUUUAAACUGGUGUUAUGAUAUUAGACAAGCGUUUGAGAAUAUUUUCCAGAUGAUUCGAUCUGGUGGAAAUAUUCUUAUACUUAUAGUAGCAUCUCAUGAUAUAUUUGAAAUUAUGAAAAUUUUGGCUCAAGAUAUUCGUUUUGCAUCAUACAUACAAGAUGUCAGAAACUACAUUUCGCCAUUUAAUGAUUCAAUCACUCCUCAUAAAGAACUGAGGAAAUUACUUAAAAGUAUUGGAUUUGAUGUUUGCCAUUGCAGUCUUCGAGAAGUGACAUAUUCCUCCCAAAAUAUGCAAAAUUUUUUAUCUUCGAUAUUAGCCAUCUACCCAUUUUUGGACAAAUUGCCACACGAUCAGAAAGAAGAAUUCAGGAAUGAAUUUAUACGUGAAUUUAUGAAAAGAAAGUUUGCUUGUAAAACAAUACAGAAUAAUCAGGAACAAACAAAUUUUAUAGAUCUAUACAAAAUCUUAAUAGUUUAUGCACGAAAAAUUGUAUAA